CCCUCCGAUCAUAUGUUCGGCGGUCGGCUCGAGCCGGUAACUGACUGUGACUCGGGCUCUCGCCGCCGUCGCAUCACGACGUGUUCCUUUAGCCAGCCGUCCGCCUCGUCCGCGAUCGUGAAGCCCGACCGUCAUAAGCCGCUGUGCGGUGUGUCAUGGAGCUGCUGUGUGCGGAGCGCGUGAGCCCCGAGAGCUCCGAAACGCGGCCGGGGCCUGGGCCGGGCCGCGUGCAGGCCGCCGGCAGCGACCCCGUGCUGCUGCGGCGCCGCGUGCUGGACAACCUGCUGAGGACGGAGGAGCGCUACGCCGUCACAGCCAACUACUUCGGCGCUGUGCAGAAGGAGGUCACGCCGCACAUGCGCCGCCUCGUCGCCGAGUGGAUGCUAGAGGUUUGCGAAGAUCAGAGCUGCCAGGACGAAGUGUUCCCAUUAGCGAUAUCGUAUUUGGAUCGUUUCCUGAGCAUCUGUAUGGUGGGGAAGAGCCAGCUUCAACUCCUCGGGACCGCCUGCCUCUUACUGGCUUCCAAACUGCGAGAGCCAAGCUCGCGCGGUCUCCCUGCUGAACUGCUGGUCUUCUAUACCGCCAACAGCAUCACGCUCUCAGAUUUAUGUAGCUGGGAGUUGUUAGUACUGUCGAAGUUGAAAUGGGACGUGGCCGGGGUUACGGCACACGACUUCCUGCCUUUGCUGCUGUCACGACUGCCGCUCAGAGGACAAGCUGACGCUGAGAUGGUGCGGAGACACGCCCAGACCUUCAUCUCGCUGGCGGCUAGAGACUACGAGUUCACCUUGUACUCCGCCAGUACGCUGGCCUCUUGCUGCAUCGCUGCAGCGCUGCGAGGCUUGGAACAAGACGGACAGCUGCAGCGCUUGCACGAGCUCACCGGCAUCGAUUUGGAUUGCCUGCAGACCUGUCUCGAGCAGAUCGAGGACAUGGUGCAGAGCGUCAUCCGCGAGAGUGUCGCGAGCGCCCCAAACGGCCCGGGGCUGGAGGCGGCGGGCUGGACGCCCCCCGGCCAGGACAAGACGCACAGCAACGCCGCCACCCCCACUGACGUCAGAGACGUGCACUUCUGAUCCGGGAGAGAAGCCUCCGCGUGCUUCGAGGACGGUGCAGUACGAGAAUACUAUAAACUAUACCGAGGGUGCGACCGUUGAAGUUCGAUCGUGAUCGAGAACUGAUAGUAAGACUGAAAAUCGCAUGUGUAUGUACGUAGGUACUACUCACUGAAUGUAGGCCUAGUGUUAGCUUUAUUGUACAUAGUCUCCUGUAACCGUAACCCGCGCGCCGCUGUCGGCCGGCGGCUCGGCUCGGCUCGGCGCGGAAGUGGUCCGAGGCGUCCGAGAGUCGCCGUGUUCAAUCGAGAUCUUCCACUUCGAUCGAUGUCUUGAAAUUACAAUCUACCUCUUUACGUUAGGAUAAGGAUCGAUUUGCUCGACGUUUCCGAGAUGAUCGCUACGUUCGGCGAAGGCUAAGCGUUUAGACGGGACCAAAGUCAAUUUUCUCAGUUCACAUUCAGAUGAGCGGUGUUGCGUUUCAUUCGUCGUGACGGGAAGGACUGUGGGUGUCUCCACGGGAUCCGUCCGAGUUGAACGACGUCGCAACUCGCCUGUCUCUUCAAAAGCUUCCUGCUUAUUGUAAUGAUUUCAAGCAGUUUCCGUUGUUUGUAUCGGGGGAAGGCAAUAAAUUACGCUUUUAUUUUAUAUGACACUAAUAUAGUAUGUGUGUGUCAACGUUAAGGAUAAUCUGGAACGACGCGACCUACAGACGCUUCACACGCGCACGGGAAUAUUUAUAUUAUAUAAAGCGAGAGGGCUUGACGUUUCGUUAAAAUAUUAUCUUAAUUAUACUGUAAUCAAAUGUUUUAUAUUUUGUUCCUUUCAUAGCGUACCGACAAUUAGUUUAAGCAUUUAUGUAAGUACCUAACAUUCGAUGUGAUAAUGUUAGAAAAGAAAACUAUUUGGAACUUGUAAUCAUAGUCACUUCCAGUCAUAAUAUGUUAUCUUAGGAGUACUGUGACGGCGAUUCGUUGUAGAGGCGUAGGGAAACAUGUGAUUUAUCAUUGCUGGGGUCGAUUGGGGAGCGGUAGCUGGCGUCAGCGUCGCCGCUCCCGCCGCCGCUGGACGACACAAUGACAGUAAUCGUAGUUGUACUUAACCGUUUCAGUCGGUAUGUCCAAGUCUACCUACACUAUGAUAUUGUGAUAUAAUUUCCACAGAUAAUUAUUAUUUAAUAGGAAUAAGUACGGGUGGAGUGAGAGGAUCGCUCGUCGACAAGCUGCCAAGUGUUGAGCAUGCUGUAUAUAUGAUAGCGUUAGUAGCGUGAGCGUGUCGGCGGCGAGUCGCGUGAGCGUGAGCUCCGAUGUCUUCCAUACAGUAACCCAUCUCACGCUCUCCGGUCUGCGUGUUCUCUUUAUAGAAAACUGAAUAUUUUAUUUUUCAUAUAAUUAAUGUAUAUAAUAUGUUAGUUGUAAAUAAAGUAAGUGUUGUGCUCUAAGCAUGUGGUGCCAUAAGAUUCACUGCUAUCAGACUAUUUAUGUACAUCAAAUAUUUCGAUUGCAGACUAUUAUUAUUAUUAUUUUGUUAUAUAUAUAUCGUCUAAGAGCGUUAAUAUUUUUAAUAGCGAGUGUGGUUGUGGUACCUUAACGGAUAGAUCUUUCUGACUUGUCAUAGAUUUAUAGCGAUUUUUAUACAUAUGUGGGAAAAUAUACGCAUUAAACGUAGUAUAUCCAGCGCUUGUUUCGGCUUCUUGACUGGCUUUCGAUAGAUUAAGAGGUAAUGCUACGAGACGCGCCGAGGCCUUCCUCGGCCUCCUGUAGGUUACGCUGGUAGAGUAGGCCGCUCGUCCUCUCAACUAUUCGACUGUGUUAAGCCGAGUUCUGAUUGUGAACGGCGGAGGCGAAAAAUUUUAUUUUGUACGUGAUCUAAGUUCGUAUCUAUAUUGUAUUGACGUUAAAUUUUGGAAUGUAAGUAGAUAUUUAAAAAUGAAACGGCAAUAAAAUUACAUAAAAACAUUA